GUGCCUGCAAUGGCCCCUGCUCUCCAAGGCCUGCAGCCCUGCCCAUCAGGCAGGCAGGGACAGGGACAGAGCAGCCCUUGGGGCCGAUGCUGCAGGCUGAGAGCCCUGCAGAGGUGCUCAUGCCCGGUGCCAUUGGCUCUGUCCCCUGCAGCAUGCGUGCUGUGUCACCGCACUGAGGCUGACCCAGACAUCUGCGGGGACAAACUGGAGAAGUUCGGGCUCUGUGCCCACGUGUUCUGCCUGUAUUUUGCCACUCUGCUUCCUCAACGAGGAAGUGAACGUGCUGGACUCAUGGGCUUUCUCCCCCGAGAUAUCCGUCUUGCAGUCAGAGUGGGGCCACCAUCUUGUGCUGCGAGGAAAACUGCGGCAAAUGGUUCCACCUGCCCUGUGCCAAGGAGGGCGGCUGUGUCAAUGAAUACAUCACCCCAUACAGGUACCUCCUCUUCAUUUCUUGCCACCCCUGGGGAGGAGUCUAACAAUUCUCAUUUUGCCCAUCCCUUUUCCCACAGCUCUUUCUGCUCUGAGCAUCGUCCACAUCAGGACUUGCAGGUGACCCCAGAGCCAGGCACCGAAUGCCCCAUCUGCAUGGAGCCUGUGGAGGACAGAAUGUCCUACAGAACAAUGGUGUGCCCAGCGUGCAAAAGGGCCUGGUUCCACAGGGACUGCAUCCAGGGACAGGCCAUGCGCGCUGGUCUGCUAUGCUUCCAGUGCCCCCUCUGCAGAGACAGUGAAGAAUUCAUACUCCAAAUGAUCAUCAUGGGGAUCCGAGUGCCCUUCAGACUGCCAACAUGGGAGGACAACGACGCCUUUGCAGAUCUAGGAGAGAGGCACAGCCAGUGCAAUGCCAGGGAAUGCCUUUACCCAGGAGGCAGGGAAGAGGCAGAGGAAGAGGGGCCCUGGAAACUGCUCCUAUGCUCCUCCUGUGCUGCUGAGGGCACCCACAGGCGCUGCUCUGGCCUUGGAAACCACAUAGACAGCUGGGAGUGUGACAGCUGUGCUGGUCUCGGCACAGGUAUGAGGCAAAGCACCUGGGUGUCUCUGGUCUGGGGUCAGUGUCCAGGCUGGGCUUGGCAGAGGCUGUCUGCUCCUGGAGGAAUGUGGGCACAGCUCUUGCCUGGCCUGCCUUGGGCCUGGGGGGCUUCUGACAUUCCUGUGUGUCCUUCCAGGCUCCAGGGAUGAGCCAGAGCUCAAUGGCCCCAGCCUGACCAGUCAGUCAGGACUGGAGCCUUCUCAUGGCUCCCCAGAAUCAGGGGCCA